AUGUCUCGAGAGUGUCCGUGGCGGUCUCAGUGUCCGGAAAUCGUCCGAUGCCGCCAGCUGCAGGCCCUGUACGGUCCGACCCUGUUUCUAGUGCGCCGACCAGGACCUCUGAGUCUCGUCCUGAGAGCGACCGCCGCAGCCAAGCCGAUCAAAGUCCACCUGUCCGGUCGACACUUUUGCUCUUGCCGAACCUUUAUCUCGGAAAAAGAGCUCUGCGUCCACCUGUGCUGGGCCAUUCUCAGACUUUUCCGUCUCUCGCCGACAAAUCCUCUCUCUUUCCAACUCGGAAUGGUUGAAAGAGAAACUUCGACGAUUUUGAAGACGGCAGUGCCUAUGACUGGACUUGCCUCGCGAGCUUUGAUUUUUAAUCAACUCCCGUCACCCAGCGAGAUUAGCCGAAUUUUGCCCAAUCUGGAACCGGAAAAAAGCAAAUUGCCCUCUGUUGAGCCUCGACCUCUGACCCAGCAGGACGCCUGUCCCAUCUGCCUAGAGCCUCUUUUGCAAAAGCCACAGCCAGUAACUCACUGCAGAUAUAGUUGUGGAAACCAUGUACAUAUCAGAUGCAUGAAAAUUUGGAUCAAACACAAUUGCCAGGAUGAAGAAAUAGGCCUCAAAAUCAAAGUGCCUUCAAUCAAAUGCCCCGUCUGCAGGGGUGUUUUCAACUACGAGUCGGAAAUGAAGUUGGAAUUCCAGAACGCCCCAAAAACCAAGGCGCCGCCGCUGCCCCCACUGCUUCCGGCUGCCGCCCCCGGGGACCACAAGCAACAGGGCGACGACGGGGUGAUGGCGUUAUUAGAUUCCCUGCUGGCGAGUCAACACAAUCAAGAGGUGCGAAACGAAAGGUCGUCGUCGGAGGGCAUCACAAAUUCGGAGGCGACGGCCAGCAGCAGCACCUCCACUGUCGCCACAGCCUGCCGAAUACGUGAAAUCAUCACACCGGUGGCUGUCAGCGUGUUAGUGCGGGCGCUGCCCGAGUGGAAAAUACCUCCGCGACACCGACUGCUGUCCCCAGGGCACCAGUGUUGCCUCUGCCUUCGCCACUACGAGACUGGCGAAACGGUGAGCGGUUUGCAGUGUGGCCACGAAUUCCACGCAGAGUGCCUCUCUCCGUGGCUGCAACGAAAUUCCUCUCGGUCGAGAGGGGCUCGCUGUCCCAUUGACCACGCAGACCUCACGCCCUGGCUCACAGAGAGACUAAUUGCGAUGCAAAGAACGGCCUCCAGAGAGCCGCCCCCGGCUGGCAAGGCCGGCGGCCGCAAGCACGAGGGUGGUCUCACCCUUCGGAGUUCGCGCCUCACCCUGAUAAACCGACUGCACCAACACCCCCACUCCUGCGGACACUUGCCGACACCGCCUCCGUCCACGUGUCCGUCGCCUCCGCCGCCCCCGGCCCCUUCGAGCGAAAACAGCCGCCCCUCAAGCGGAGGCCGUCGGGUGCGUCUGGCCGCACAACAGUCGGAGGCCGUUUUGCACCUGGUUUCGCUGAGUUUGCCGAAAAGCGCUGAGGCCACGACCGGAGGCGGCUGGGCCGGGGGCGGCAACACGUCGCGGAGGCGGCUGAAUGAGAGAGGAGGACAUCGACAUUGCUGGACACGGGAAGAGACGCCGCGACUUGAAAUCAAUUGCACGAAAAUCAGUUUGAAAGUUAAAACCUAAAUUAAUUAAAAAUAUCGUUUGAAAAAUUUUUAUAAAAAAAUCAAAUUAAAAGUGAA